CCUUGUCGAAUGACAGAAAAGACAGAUCAAAACAAAGAUAAUCAAUCCAAAAUCGCAAAAGGUUUACUCACAAAAUAAAUGCUUUUUUCAUUUAAUAUUCUCAUAUCGCACUAAUGAAUUGGAACUUUAAGCUUUGAUUUGUUGGUUGCUGUUGUGCAUUAUAAACAAAAAUGGAUUGCAUUCGUACGCUGUUAAACUACGCAGCUAGUUGUUUCACUUGUCAGGAAGAUUCUUCAGCACAGGGCAAUGAACCAAAUGAAAGGACGCAUUUACUAGACAAUCCUGUGAGCAACAGCCCAGCUGUACGAAGGUCCAAUAGUGAAGACCUCAGUCAAGAGUUCCCGAAUUCGGUGCCAAAGAAGGAUGAUGUUUCUGCAUUGAACAAAAUUAUUCAAGAAACCGCAGCGAACGUAAUCGAUGUGGCAGCUAUGGAUAUCCACAACAUCGAACCUCAGGAGUACAACGAUCGAGUAAAAGUGUACUCACAAAGAUUGGCUCAACAGUGGAGUUCUGUGCCACACCCAAAUAGUGCAAGUUAUGUAGGGUUAUUCAAAGAUAUUCCCAAUCCGGAAUCGAUGCUAGCCUCUGUGCCAAUUUCACCAGAUGAUUUAAAUAUGAUUCGUGGCAUGGUGCAGAAGGCAAAUAUAGCCGUGGCAGAGAUCAAAGUGAAACAUACCGAGAACCUGGUAGUGCCUUUCAGAAUUCCAUAAUAGCACACAAAAGAACUGGUGUACCUCAGGGGACAGAGUUGUAAAAGAUGUGUUACGAUAGAAUGAAGAUAGAACUGUUUCCAUGAUUUUCUCGUUUUGCGUAUUUGUGCUGUCGUUCAUCUUUUAAAAGUUUAUUUUUAUUGAAAAUAUCAAAGUGUAAUAUUAUUGUUUGUUUUUUGAUUAAUAUCGAAUGAUUAAAAACACGAUUUUGCUUAGUA